AUGAGGAACGUUACCAUACUGAUGAUCGUUCUUAUGGUCUUACCAUUCUACGUAAGAUGCACCGUUUACUAUGUCGAUGGGGAAAAAGGCGAUGACUCAAACAAUGGAGAAAGCGUGCCCUCUGCAUUUGCAACCAUCAAGACUUGCAUCGACGCCCUGAAGAACCCUGGUGACGAGUGCCACAUUCGAAAAGGACGCUAUCACCAAUCAGAAUUCCAGAUCUCUGGUAAGCAAGGCAGCCCGUCGCAACCUAUCAUCAUACGAAGUUAUCAGGACGAGAUGCCCAUCAUCGAUGGAACAAUUUCCCUAAAACCCAUAGGAAACUCUGCCUGGAAACGCACAAAGGAUGGCAUAUACACAGCCAAAAUAGAGCAGGACAUCUGGCAACUUUUCAUCGAUGGUGAAAUGAUGACCAAUGCCCGAUGGCCAAACGCUCUGUGGUCGGAUAGGACUGCCUUCUUGAACAAGCAUUGGGCAAAGUCUGCCAAAAGCUCUACGCGCGGAAAAAUGGUCGACAGUGGCGCAAAGAACUUGGCUGGGAGCGGUUUAAACGCGACAGGGGCCGUGGCUGUUCUAAAUAUCGGUAGCUUCAAUACUUUUACCGCCAUUGUUAAAAACCACGCUCCCGGCCGGAACUUCUUCACCUACCCUGAUACGUUUGGUGACAUCAAAUUCAAGGCGAGCCACAAUCAGUACUUUCUGGAGGAUAAACUGGAGUUCUUGGACCAAGCUGGCGAAUGGUUCUACGACAAGAACACAAAAACUGUUUAUGUGAAGACGCUGGAUGGAAAAAGUCCUGAAGGAAGGAUACAUGGGAAGGUUCAGACAUAUGUGUUUACCAUUUCCAACUGUCGACAUCUGCAUUUCAAACAGCUGACAUUCUUUGGUACCACUCUUAAAGCACGACCAACACACAGGCAUGACGUUAUAGAAGGCCUCUUUUUUCAUUCAAUCAACUUUAAAUUUCCCUCUUAUUCCAAACGCAUGCUCGGUGAUACCGCUCCCCCACGCUGGACAGUGAUCGACCCAAGUCGCGGGCACAGUUUCCAGUUAGUAAACAGCACAUUUUAUGGAUCCGAUGGCCUCGCCCUUCAAUACAGCGGAGAUGGAGCUCUGGUACAGAACAAUCUGUUUGAGUACAAUGAUUGGUCCGUGACAAACACGAGAUCAAAGAGUGGCGGAUUAGGAACGGUGAUAUCUAACGGCAUUAACGACCAGUUUAUUCGAAACACUUUGCGCUUUAACGGCGCUAGUGCCGGCUUUCGUCCUUCAGGACGCAAUCCUGUUGUGAAGUUAAACCACAUUCACCAUCAGUGCUGGGGAGUUUUACAACAUGAUGGAGCAGGAGUCCAGUUUCAAAUCGGCGCUCAGACUAAUGCUCUUUGCCAAAACAACUGGGUUCACUCGAGUCCCAAAUAUGGCCUCCGUUUUGACGGGCGGCCCCCACGAGUGGGACGCGGCGGAACCAUGAAGGAGAACGUGGUGUGGAAAUGUGGCGGGAUCAUGGUUAAGGGUGAGUCACACACAGUGCUCAACAAUCUCGCCUUUGAGAAAAGAAAUGACAAAAGUGGCGAUAAACAAGGUGAUGGCUGCUCUUUGUGCGUCCUAAAGUUCGUUCGUUCCAACCCGGUUGAAAUCAACGAACAGACAGUAGUUCUGCGUAACGCAGCUGACGUAGCGAACGGCGGCAAGAGGAAAAAACCAUGGGGCACCUACCCCCUGGCGGGAAAACUCGUGCAAUUUAACAUGGUGGGUCAUGUGCGACCGGAAGUUGUAGAUGCGGACAAUUUGGACUUCCGACCAAGUAAAGACUCCAAAUACAACAAGGAUAAGGUUGGACCAUACAGUUAUGAUCCCAAAAGCAAAUAUUAUUGGAUUCCUGGAAGGCAACUUUACAAGGCCGGCACUCCUGUCCCCCCUGAUGGUAGCACCACAGUCAAGGUAUGGCUUUGUCGAUUGUUUUCAGGAAUAAUGGUGGUGUAAUGUCAGUAUUAUUUUUUAUGAUCCAUCAAAUAUUUUCGCUCGGGCGGGAUUGGUCUAAACGCGACACGUGUCUGAAUAUUCCCCAACUAAAACUGGGAACGUACGAAGCUCACAGUUUUCCUCGAGCUACGCUCUCUGAAAACUGUUCGCUUCUCGGAACAGAUAAUGUCCGCGGACAAAUAUCCGAGCAUAUUUUCGAGCCAGAUGGAGGCUACUGUUUAUAUAUUUUUCACACAUCUAAUAAUGCUCCUUUUAAAGAGCCCGCGGAGAAUUUUGGAUCUAGAUAGUUAAUAGUAGUUUUUCCAUUUUACCUGAGGAGCAAUCGUUUUCUUGCGUCGGUCAUAACCUCGUUUUUGGAAGAGACCUGUAUACCUGAGUAAGACGUAAAAUUAAAUUUACCAGUUUUUCAAUAAGAUUCUAACUACUGGCCUGUUUAGAACCCUAGGUGACAGUCAGCCACACGCUAACGCACCUUAAGGACCAAAAUACCUCUACAAGAGACUAGUCUUUUGUUGGAAGAGGCCCAUGUAUGGGAAGAGGGGUGGGGGAGGGGGUGUUCUCUUGACAUGUGUUAGUGAUAGCAGACACUAGAACCCUAUUCAAAGUGUUGAGUUGUCCUUUUGCCUCUUCAGGAUAUAGAGGAUAGCAGCACCAACGAUUUAAAGCCUGUAACUAAGAAUACGAAUACACUUUCUUAAACGCAGCCAGCACGAAAUCACAAAAUUACUUAUCGAGCCACUUUGUUAUUCGCUUUUUGAAAAGUCUGAUAGAGAUGCUGUCAUGUGGUUGAACGCCUUCGGUGCCUCGACUCAUAACGUGUACUUUGGAACAGACGAGGCGAAGGUUGCCGAUGCAACAACGACGUCUGCCGAGUACCAGGCGAAGAUCACCGAUGAAGGGAAUGUGCAUUAUCUUCCGGAGGGUCUCAGAGGAGGUUCCACUUACUACUGGCGAGUGGAUGCUGAAAUAGACGAGAAAACGACUUACAAAGGAGACGUGCGGUCAUUUCAAUCAGAAUAAGAAACGAAGGCGAUGCUCAAAACGCGGAAAAGAUCAGUAGAGGAAGAAACACCUUCGACACUUAUUCAUUAAUUGAUUUCAUGAUUAACUGUUUUCAUAGCAAGGAAUCUCGCUGGUAACCUAAUAAAUAAUAAAAUAAAUGGGGACAAAAACUGUCAGCUUGGUUUGAGUUGUAAGUUGAGGAUAGGUAGGGUGAUUUAACAAUUAAAUUAAAUCGUAAACUACUGUGCAGACUGAGUUAUCCAUGG